AUGGCGGGACGGUUAAUGCGAGGAUUUUUUCAUCGAGAUUUAUCAGGCACCGAAGCUGAAAAACUUUUACAAGAAAAGGCCAUAAAUGGAAGUUUUUUAGUUCGUCCUUCGACCAGUCGUCCAGAUUCCUAUGUGUUAUCCGUUCGUCGGGCUAAUGGUGAUAUCACUCAUAUUCGUAUCCAACGUACAAAUGAUGGUUUUGAUUUUGGUGAAGGACAAGAUCGUUUUGCAACGUUAUAUGAUAUGAUUGAACAUUAUAGACAAAAUGUUGGAGAAUUAAAAGAGAAAAAUAAUGAAACAAUUGAAUUAACAACACCAGUAUUAGCACAAAUGCCAACAUUAGACAGAUAUUAUCAUGGUUCAAUUUCUCAUUCACAAGCCUCGUCUUUAUUAAUGGCUUGUGAUAAAGUUGGUUUAUUUCUUGUUCGCGAUAGUGAAACAAUACCGGGAGACUAUGUUAUUUCUGUUAAAACAUUAACAGACAUUGCAAAUGUAAAAAUAAAAUGUUUAAACUCUGAAUGGUUUCUCGAUGGAAAAGGCAGACGUGAACAAAUUGAUCGUUUUAAAACGUUGGAUGAUCUUAUUCAUUAUUAUUUAAAACACAAUAUUCUUGUAGCAACGAAUGGAAAUGCAUUUCGUUUAGUUGAACCAUGUUAUUCAAAUUGGUUUUACGCGAAAGAUAUUAUUCAACGUUGUGAACAGUUAUCGAAAGUAAUUCAUCCACCACAUGGACAACGAAAUGGUUUUUCGAUUGAAUUUGAACUAUUAAAUCAACAGUGUGAGCCUCUUAAUUCCACAGUUGAUCAAAAACGAGCAGGUGAAAAACCAGAAUAUCGUCCACGUAAUCGUUUUAAAAAUAUACUGCCUUAUGAUGAAACACGAGUAACACUAAAAAAUUAUUCACAAACAGAUUAUAUAAAUGCAAAUCGAAUUAAGUCUAUUGGACCAUCUAGUCGAGAAUAUAUAGCCACACAAGGUCCAUUGCCUAAUACUAUUCAAGAUUUUUGGCAUAUGGUCUAUCAAGAGAACGUCAAAUGUAUUGUCAUGAUUACUAGAGAAAUAGAAGGAUUGAAAAAUAAAUGUGCUCGUUAUUGGCCUGAAUUGCAUGGAACAGUUCAGUAUGGAAAUAUUUCGAUUGAAAAUUUAAGUGAAACAAAUUUUGGACCUCAUCAAAUCCCUGCCGUCUAUCUGACCGAUGACAUGCAGCCCACAAAAAGUUGGGAUAUUUUACAUUAUCAAUAUUUAGCUUGGGGAGAUCAUGGUUCUCCAUUAAUGCCGACAAAUAAUUCUAAUCAACGUGAUAUGACACAGUUACAUGUUUUACUCGAUUUUUUUGAGAGAUUUGGAAGAAAUAAAACUCAGGAUGCUUUGUCACCACUGGUAGUUCAUUGCAGUGCCGGUAUUGGUCGUUCUGGUGCAACAAUUGCUAUCGAUAUAAUUUUAAAUAAAAUUCAAACUGAAGGUUUAUUUGCUGAAAUUGAUAUACCAGGCUUAAUAAUACACUUACGAUCACAGCGAUCAGUUCAAACUGAACGACAAUAUGAAUUCAUUUAUCGUGUCAUUGAAUAUUUUGUCGAACGACAAAUGAAACAACAACAAUAUUAUGUUCAACCUGAUUAUAUGAAUAUGAAUUCCCGAUAUUAUUUUAUCAUGCCUACUAUUGGUGUUAAACGCAGUUCAUUAUUUCGUGAAUUAGGAAAAACAUUUACUGAUGAAGAAUUUGAUGAAUUAUGUUUCGAUUUUGGAAUUGAAUUAGAUUCUAUUGAACCAUUAGCUGAUUCAUCAAAUGGCGACGCUGAAUACAAAAUCGAAAUUCCAGCUAAUCGUUAUGAUUUAUUGUGUUUGGAAGGAUUGAGUCGUGCACUCAAAACGUUUUUACACAAUGGUGAUGGCAUACCUGAGUACCAUCUAACUGUACCAUCUAAAGAUAAAAUUAUACGGCUUAAAGUUUUACCAGAUACUCAACGUAUUCGACCGUUUGUUGUUGGUGCCGUAUUACGUAAUGUAACAUUUAACAAUGAAACUUACAAUAGUUUUAUUGAAUUACAAGACAAACUACAUCAAAAUUUAUGUCGUGAACGAAAAUUAGUUGCUAUUGGUACACAUGAUUUAGAUACAAUUCAACCACCGUUUAUUUAUGAUGCUCAACGUCCUACACAAAUUAAAUUUAAACCAUUAAAUCAAACAAGAGAAUUUCCAGCUGAUGAAUUGAUGGAAUUUUAUAUGAAAGAUAGUCAUUUGAAACGAUAUGUACCACUUAUUCGUGAUUCCUCUGUUUAUCCUAUCAUAUACGAUUCGAAAAAAGUUGUUCUUUCAUUACCACCAAUUAUUAACAGUGAUCAUAGCAAAAUUAAUUUGAAUACUAAAAAUAUUUUUAUUGAAUGUACAGCGAUAGAUUUACAUAAAGCAAAAAUUGUGCUCGAUACAGUUGUAACAAUGUUUAGUCAAUAUUGCAGUACACCUUUCUUAAUAGAAGCUGUUGAAGUUGAACAAUUCGAUGGUAAAGUGACAACCUAUCCUACACUUAAUUCUCGUACUGAAAAUGUUUCUGUAAACAAAAUUAAUCAAGUUAUUGGAAUUAAUGUUGACGCAAAAGAAGCGGCUCAACUACUGACACGUAUGUGCUUAAAAACAUGUGUUUUGAAUACAGAUACACUUCAAGUGACAAUACCUCCAACGAGAGCCGAUAUAUUACAUUUUUGUGAUAUUGCUGAAGAUUGUGCAGUUGCAUAUGGUUUUAAUAAAAUUCAAAAAACUGUUCCAAAAACUAGUUGUAUCGGAAAUCAGUAUGAAAUUAAUCGUAUUACUGAUUUACUUCGGCAUUCGGUUGCUGAAUGUGGUUUCACUGAAGCGCUUACAUUUACACUGUGCUCAUGUCCAGAUGUUGCCGAAAAAUUCGGAAAAACAACUGAGACAAUUCCAGCGGUUCACAUUGCCAAUCCCAAAACACUCGAUUUUCAAAUUGGUCGAACAUCGUUACUUCCUGGUUUAUUGCGAACAGUUGCAUGUAAUCGCGGUACAGCUCUACCUAUUCUGUUAUUUGAAGUAGCUGAUGUUAUAUUGAAAGAUAACAGUCGAGAUACCGGUAGUCGAAAUGAGAGACGUUUAUGUGCUAUCUAUUAUAACAAAACUCCGGGUUUUGAAACAAUUCAUGGCCUACUCGAUCGUGUUAUGCAAUUGUUAAAAGUGAAAUAUGAUACUAGUAAAGACGGUUAUUAUUUGAAUAGUAAUUAUGAAGAUCCUGGCUUUUUUCCUGGCCGAUUUGCUCAAGUAAUAGCACGUGGUUUGAAUAUUGGUACAAUAGGCGUAUUACAUCCAGAUGUGAUUAAAAAAUUUGAUCUGAAAUUACCCUGUUCUGGAGAUUUGAUUAAUGUUAUUCGUUUUAUCAUUGUUGUUAUUGUUGUUGAUGUUACCGGUGUUUUUAUUUCUUAUGUGACCGAUUUACUUAUUAUUAUUAAACAAGAAAUUACCUAA